UUUCAACUAAAAAAAGUAAAAAAAAAAAUAAAAAACAAUAUUUUUUUUAAAUAAAAAAAGAUAUUUUUUUAAUAAAAAAAUUUUUUUUUUUUGCCUUAAUACGAAAAAAUAUUUAAAAAGUGAUUUUUUUUUCAAUUAAAUUUUCACAAAAAAAAAUCACCAGCACAACAAACUAAUAGAUUUUUACAACAACAAAAAAUAUUCUUUGAACUACUUUGCACACUUUCUGCGAAUGCAACAAACUCACCACGGAAAUUCCGCUUUACUGUGCAUGAAUACGUUGAAAAGCCGUAGUCGUGGGAAAAAACCCGCAACUAAAACGAAAACAGUUAUCUAUUGCUUGUAAACACCUCAUCAAGGUGGAACUCCCUGCUUGACACAGAGAGAUAUUUGAUUGUUAGUUUGUCUUAACACGCUGCAUGCCUUUUAGAUCCUUGCAUGUUUACACACACACACACGCAUAAGCACAAAGAGAAAAUUACACAAACAACAUUGUCUGCUAGUGAGUGAGUUGCGGUGAACGCGCGUGCUAAGCGUCAAAAGUAAGAGUUAGUACGAAGCCAGCGUACGCCUACAACGCGACUUUAACGCGAUAAAAACCGACAGUGAUAAGCAAGCACGCAAAGCCGGCACGUACAUACAUACACACACACGCACACGCUCACGCAUUUGCAUGCCAAUAAACACACGAACGCGAUUGUGUAAAGCUCAACAGCGCAUUGUUUUGCGAUGAAAGUCACACUGAUAAGCCCUAACUGCAACAACAAUAGCAACAUUUCAAAACAGCCGAGCAAGAUAAUAUACAAUUUGUGUUAGUAGUUUGAAAAAAAAAAAACAAAAAAAAUUAAAGCAGACAACAAAAACAAAAACUAGAAUUAUUCUAAACGGUCACUCGUCGCAGUGACAACGUGCAAAACAAGAAACUUAAAAAAGUAAUCGAUUUGAAAACAUUUUUGAAAAUAGUUAAAAAAAACUUUAAAAGUCAGUUCGUGUAAGGCCAGCCACUUGUCGUGCCAAAAUGGCAUCGUUUGUUUAUGCAGUUUGGAGUAUUACGAAUGUCGCUUCGGUGCAUUGCUCUGUGCGACCCGAACUAUCGCCUUGUACCUGUGAACCCAUCUAUGCGGAUAACUAUGUGGAGCUGUCGUGCGAGAAGGUGGACUCAUUCCAUCAAAUUGUCGAUGCGCUGUCAAAUAAAUUCGAACCGGACGUUAAUAUAAGCUUAAAAAUAUCACAUUCACAAUUGGAGGACCUGGAGAUGCGUUCGUUUAUGGAUAUGAAGUUGAAACUGGUUAAAUUACGUAUGCAAUGGAAUUCGCUGAGAUCGGUGCCUGAGUUACCAUUUCGAGGUUUAUCAAACGUGGAGUAUCUGAGUAUUGGCGACAAUGAACUCGAAGAGAUCCCUAAGCACAUGCUGAAUCAUAUGCCAAUUGUGAAAACCUUCGAUAUGGGACGCUGUCGCCUAAGUUCGGUGCUGCAGGAUGAUCUCAAGGGCACAAAAAUGGUGGUGAAUCUCUUCUUGCCGAGCAAUAAUAUCAAACGUUUGGAUAAGGGCGCAUUUCCGACGAGUCUGGUCACAUUGCAUUUGGGGCGCAAUCAAAUCGAGAAUCUCAACAGCACGUUGCGGCAUUUGGACAAAUUGGAAUCGCUGUUCAUUAAUAUGAAUCGUAUUAGCAGUUUGGAUGAUGAGUUGCCCGAGUCGAAUCGUUUGAAAUUGAUAAUGGCGCAGAAUAAUCGCUUGGUACGCUUGCCGGAGAGCAUGCGCUACAUGCAACAGUUGGAGAAUCUGCAUGUACAACACAAUCUCAUACGCGCCUUCGACGGGAUCUUCAAGCAUGCGCGCAAUUUGAAUGAGUUCCACGCCUUCAACAAUGAGAUCGAGUAUUUGCGUCAAGAUGACUUUCUGGAGUGCAAAAUGCUGGAGGACAUUGACUUCUCGGUUAAUCACAUCAAGUCCUUGAACAGUUCAUUGCUGCCGUUGAGUCGUUUGUAUCGCGCUAAUAUCUCUUACAAUGAAAUCGAGGAGUUCUCCAUGAAUGAGAUACGCGGUUUGUUCAUGUUGCGUCAUUUGAUGCUGAACAACAAUCGCAUCAAGCGUUUGACCGGCCAUCAGGAGAAUAAUAUUGAUCAGAACUCUUACUUGUUUGAGUUGAAUUUGGAUCAUAAUGAAUUGAAGUCCUUGGAUGGCGCUCUCAUGGGUUUGAAUAGCUUGCGUAUACUAAGUCUGUCGUACAAUCAGCUGGAACGCAUUUUACCGGAGGACUUUAUUGGGUUGGCUAAGCUGGAGAUCUUGGAUUUGUCGCACAAUCAACUGUUGACGCUGAAGGAAAUGGAAAGGACCUUCCUUCCGAAUCUGAAAAUCUUGAAGGCCGCUUACAAUAACAUCACCCGAUUGGAGAAGGACUUCCAUGGCUUACCCGUGCUGUGUCAAGCCAAUCUGACCAGCAAUCAAAUUUCGUCGAUAUCUUCGGAUUUGGUUUCGCAAACGAGAUGCAUGAACCACAAUGUACCCGGCAAAUUGGAAUUGUAUUUAGAUGACAAUCCAAUCCUAUGUGACAAUCGUCUCAACGAACUCUGUCCCAUCAUGCUGAAACAGGAGACGCGCAUACGUGGCAAGUCGCAAUGCUUCGAAAUCGAUCAAGAAGUCUGCACCGUGCUGCCGAUGCUGUUCGUCAAUAACUAUCCGCUGAUUAUACCAACGCAACUGAGUCAACAAGUGCUGGCCAAUGCAAAGCCGGUCGUUAUAGUACCGCUACUCAAUCCACCAUUGAAUAAUGGUGACGAAGUGUUGCCACCGUUGAUUGCGCCGAUUAUAAAACCGCUGCUGAUUGCACCCAUGCCAACACUGGCGACGACUACACCUUCAACAACAACAACUACGACUACAACUGCUGCCACCACAACAACCACAGCUGCAACUAAUGCUAAUGAACAGGUGGCAACGCUGGAAGCGCCCACAUCCACUCUGGAAACUAACGAAACUGACGGCGCAGUAGAACUACAUGAAGCGGCCAACACAAAUCUGGGCGAAGGCGUCAAUACAAGCACCAACAUCACCAUUACAACGGCACCGAACACGACCAAAAACAAGCCGAAUGCAGUUGAUUUCAACAAUAACACAAUGGAGACACACGCCGUUGAAGCAGAUGUUUCAGUUGACGAGAAAUCACACUCCGCUGCUGAUGAGGUCAUAAGAGGCGCACUAGCUGCAGCCGCGGCACAAGAGGGCACACUGCAGUCCGCACACGCUAUCUCGGAAUUGACUAAAAUUGUUGGCGCAUCAGCUGUUGUGGUAGCACCACCGCCACCAGCGGUGCUCGAAGAAGUGUCGGCCGGCAAGCCGCUACCGCCGGAGACAGCAUCGUUGGCGCCACCAACUGAAUACGCAACGGUUGAGUAUAUACCGAAUUUGGAUGAAUUCCUACCGGGAAAUCGUCCGCCGCCGAAUGUACUCGAAGAGGAUUCGAAUUCGAAUUCGGUGCAUGAGGAAUUCCCAUCGGUCGUACUGGCCGAUCUCGAUAAUGCACCGCAAAGUCUACUAACACCGGAUGAACCGCCCGAAAAUCCUUAAAUUUUAGUGACACACACACACACACACAAACAUAUUAUAUUACAUCUACAUUAUUAAAAUUUAAGUUUCAACCUUCUCCCUGUCCCCCGCUCUCUCUCUCUCUAUCUAACUAUGUCUCCUGCUAUUGUGCUGUCUACUAUAUACAUAUUAUGUCCCACUUCAGGUUAAUUAUAAAUUAAUUUAAUUUCGAUUAACGCAUUUAGUUUUAGUAGUUAUAGUUGAAGUUAUAUUAUAACGGUUUGUUUCAACACAUGCACAUCCGAAGAACAUACCACACACACACGCACGAACACGUAAACACGCACGCUCCCAUAUACAACUUAAAUAAGCUCAAUUCACUUUCACACAGCCACACACACACAAACACAUACAUACGCAGCGCAAACUCGAUCAUUUUUUAUUAAUUUUUAUUUUAAUGUUAAAAAUAUUACAAGAUUUAAGUUAUUAUUUUGUUUAAGUUUAAGUUACUGUUUCACUUGAUGUAGCGCUUAAAUGUGAAGUAAUAAAUGUAAAAGAAGAGUAAAAAAAAAAAUCAAAACAAAACGAAAGAUAAAUUGCAAAUAUUGUAGUUCCGAAAGUGUAAUAGUAGUGAAUUAACUCGAAAUAUAUAUGUAUGUUAUGUAAAUGUUGAUUUAUUGUGACUAAAAAUGACAUAAGUUGAAAUUUGUGAUUAUGCCAAAAUUUAUUCACUAUCUAUAUAUUAUAUAAAUAUAUAUAUGUUUGUCUAUAUGUUUAUAUGUAUGUAUGUAUUUAGUGCUGUUUUACAUAUACCUACAUAUGUAUGUUUAUGAAAUCUACUUUUGGUUAAUAUAAACGAUUAGAAAUUCAUUAUUUUAUUGAGCAGAAUAAUAAAAUUAUAAAAUUGAUAAGUCAAACAAUAA